AUGUGGGCUUCUCCAAAUUACAUCAACAAAAAUCGUAAUAUCAAUGGAUGCUCAUGGUGUGAUGAUUUAAUCUCACCAAUUAUAUUUUUUUGUCAUUUAAUGUUAACACGAACAUUGCUAGGAUGGAGAAAUUCUCAAUCAAUUAAAAAAAGGAAUGGUGAAAUCGACCCAUCUUGGUACCCAGAUUAUAUGUGGUACUUGGUUGUUGAGAAUUCAUAUUAUUUAUUUGAAGUAUUUUUCAGAGAGGUUUCCUAUGGCCCAAGAGCCAAAGGAAGUUCAUUAAUUAAACACAUUAACAAUGACAGAUCAAGAUUAGCCAAAAUGGCAAAAGAGUCAUGGAACA